AUGCGUUCCCUGGAGGCCUCUGGCGAAGCCGACAUAGACCGCCUGUGCACGACGACGUGGGUACUGAAAGGGCCACGGACGAAGUUCUGUGUGAGGACCAACGCUUGCGUCCGGGAGUUCGACCACUUCUGCGGCUGGCUGAACGUGGCCAUAGGCAGGGGCAACCACCGCCCCUUCAUCUUCCUCUCGUGCCUGGAGCCCGCCGUGCAGUUUUGCCACCUCUACUUGUGCUGGAUAGCCGCUGGUGCGUUGGUCGAGGCCUCGACCGACGGCUCCAGCACGUGGGCCCUCUCGGUGGCGACUGGGUACCCGCUCCUAGUGCUCAUCUCGUGCCUGCACGUCAUGACCGCGCCAAUGGUGACGCUGUUGGCUCUUAACCAGCUGAAGCUGAUAUGGGUCAACCUGACCACCAACGAGAUGCUCAACUCGUACCGCUACGGCCACUUCUGGGAGGAGGUGGAGCGAGACGGCGCGAAGAAGAAGGUGUUCAAGAACCCGUUCCACAAAGGGAACGCGGUGAGGAACUGCCUGGACUUCUGGUGGACCAGGAGCCGGGAUCGGGGCCCCACGCCCGUGAGCCUCGCCGAGCUCAGCGUGCGGGACAAGCUCCGGAGCCAGCCAGCGUCCUGGCAGGGGCAGAGCUGGGGCAAGGGAUCUACCCCGAACCACCUCGAGAGUCUGCGCACGACCAGGCGGAUCCGCUUGACCGUGUCUCCCACGGCUUGUGCCAGCUUCGCUGCCCCCUGCGACAAAGCCUGGGCGUUCGAGGCUGUGACCAACGUUGCGAUUUUCAACAUGUCCUGCGUCACCCCCGUCUACCACGAGCUGGCGAAGGCCCGGCUGCUCGAGAAACCCCGAAUUCAUUCGUCAGUCGCGCCAGCCGCGGGGGCGGUCGCCGCGGGCGACUCGAUGUCUAACGUAGCAAACCUCCUCUUCUGGGCCGGGGCCGCUCGAACCGCGCAUCAGCCGGGGCGACUGUCGGUUCAGCGGGGCGCCGCGACCUUGCCUGUAGACCUCAGAAAUUACAAGAUGCGGUGUCGACAAGCAAAGCAGCUGUGGCUGCGGCAACUCCGCUACCAAGCCUUCGCAUGUUCAAUCGUGGCGUUCAACUUCGACAUUUUCCUGUCCGCUGACUCUGCUGCUACCUUCGACUGUAUGGGCUAUCCUACAACACGAGUCUGCGACAGGCGCACUCGAGUACCGCUUCCUGGUGGGAUCGCGCUGCUCUCCGUCUGCUGCGAGUCCCGUGCCGGGGCGAAUGGCGACGCCGGCCUCCUCGGCUUCCUUGCCCAACUCGUCCUGAGCCUCGGCGUGAUGUGGGUCAUCCGGGCGGGCUGGGACACGACUCCAGACGAGCUGGGGGGGUCGGCAUCGUGCGCCUGGUGCGAGGGUCGCCGGCGGCACCUGAGGGCCCGACGUGCCGGAGCGGCAGUGCUGAGGCUCGACGUCGUCAGGCGCCUUUGCAUCCGCGCUCCCAUCUCCAUGCAGCCAGCGGGACUGAGAAGCCAGCGCGCCAUGCAGAUGCCCGUCCGCUUCAAGGCCUUGGACGUGCAUCCGCUGGUCGGCCCCGAGAUUGAAGCCUGGACCCCGAGCGCUGCUACUUACGAGAACGCGCGGCUCAACCGCCUCAUCGGGGCGGCCAAGGAGCACCGCUCCCCGUGCAAGAUGGCGAGAGGGCAGGCGAACCAAGGUGAAGGGCGCAUCUUCAGCAGCUUUGCGGCGCGGGCGGCCGCCGUUGCGGGCUGCAGCGGCGCUACUUCGCUUGCCCGCCUGCUGCUGCCCUGCCCCCUAAAGGGGGCUAGCGCGGCGGGCCCCUGCGUUUCGCUGCGCAACGUCGUGGACGACGUCCUGGUGGAUGCGACGGGCACCCGCGGCCUUGCGGUGGGACAGGCGACGGCCUGCGUUGCCGGCCUGCUCAGUGACUUCGCUGAGAUCGACCCGCCGCUGGCCCGCGGCGAGAACAGGUGCCUCGCCCCCGACGCAGCCCAGCUUGCGGAGUUACCGAUGCGCGGCAGCAGUGGGAAGCUCAAUGCUGACAUUCUCCAGAUCAGAAUGCUGCCCAUGGCUGUCUUCAUCGAUGGCAGCGACGCGCGGCAGCAAUUGCCUUUCCACAGUCGAGCGAAGCCGAUGAACGGACCCCUUUCCAAGGCCGGCUUUGACGAGGCGGUCAAGAGUUCCAAAGGUUGUUCGGAAUUGGAUGGUUGGUCUUCCAAAGAGAUACGAUUGCUUGCCAAGGUGCUCCCGCAAACUGUUCAAGAGCUUUCUGACUUUGGGUGGAUGCUGCGGCACUUUGUGUUCGACAUCGCGCAUGUCCGCCUGCUGAAGUACUUCGACGCGUGUUCGCUCGGAAGAUUGAGUGCCUCCCCGAAGGGCGAGAAUCUGCCGUGCCUAUUUCGGUCGGCAGUGUUCUAA